CCCCUUACUCCGGGCCUGAUCCCUGCUGAACUCGCCGAAAAUCUAGAGCUGGACGCGCUUUAGUUGGUCUGGACCCUGACGGAGUUAACGACCCGCUUGAACAGGGAGACGUCCCAGUCAGUCGGCGAAUCCCCGAGCCUUCUCCUUGCAUCCUAGAGACUGCUCGCAACUCCCAGGCUACAGAGGUCGGCUCGCGACUCUGCCCUGUAGUUUCACACGUUACAUGAAUAGCAAGCCGCCUCAUAACUGGCAAAGCUCUACCGACGGCACAGUGUCUCCAACAUUGGCGAGCUCUUCUGUCUUCAUGUCGAGGCGUCGUUCCGCAGCCGUCCCCCCGCCUGGCCCACCUCCGACUCAGCCCAUACCGCAUCUCCCGCCUACACAUCCCUACGACACGUACGACGACAUGGCUGUAUACAACGGUGGGGUCUCGGACGUGGAAAGCUACGGCUCGCAUUCUCCUACACAGUCAUACGCGCGACCGAGUGCAUCUGCGAACUUGGCUGCAGUAGCAGCCUUCUCUCAGAACCGUCAUGCAACCUACGCGUCGAGCGCUGCAUCUUCGUCCGUCGAUAAUCUCUCAGACUCACCACCCCCGUCACGCCUACGGUCCGGUGCCAAGUCCCCUACAACAAAUGACAUUGUCCCUGAUCGCUUACUCCUGUCGCCUUCUGAGCCUCGUACUUCGGAGCCGCGCCCACCAUCAUCCAGACGAGCCCUUACCAAAGCGCUCGAGCUGGCACGAGAAGCUGUGAAGCUCGAUUCCACGAAUGAUGAUCCGUAUGGCGCCGUCAUCGCGUAUGGGAAGAGCGUAGCGUUACUCAGCGAGGUUAUGGAGAGGGUAAUGAGGGGCGAGGACAGCACAGAGCGGCGAAAGAAUGGCCGUCGAAGAAGCGUAGUCGCGCAAGAAGAGGAAGUGCGACGGCUUAAGUCUAUUGUGAGUAUCUAGUAAUUGUCGU